UUUCAACAGAGAACGUAUAUUAUAUGAUAUGAUUUAAACGGCUACAGCAUACAACAACAACAACAAAUUUAAUUGGCAGAAAAUAUAUGGCUGCUUUUGUAUGAUUCGUUCACAUCGAGGCGGCGCAAAGCAAAGCUAACCAAAAUGUUGCGCAACUUUCAUCUUUUUACGCUUUUCCAAGCAACAGUCGCCAUUUUUAUUACAAAGAAGCGUGAAAAGCCAAGCGUUCCUUCUAACAUACCCUUUGCUUUCUUCGCUUCUUUGCUGAAUUAUGAAUUGUGAAGCAUGUAUAUGAAUCAGCUCUGUAUUGCAUCUAUCGGUUAAAUCAUUUGUUAAUUACUCAAGAGCGCUACAAGAAAUUUCCGUUAAAGUUUCUAUGUGUUUCUUAAAGCGAACGAUAAAUAUAACCGAAAAUCUUGUUUUAGUGUAUCAUUUAUCUCUUAUUUAUGCAUUGGGCUUAUGAGCUGCACGGUGCAUGGAUAAGUUUCCACGCUUACUAUUUCAAUGUUUUAGAUUUCCAGUAGUCAUCACUUGCUGAAAAACAUCCACUACAUAAUAACUUUCAUUAUAACUCUCAACUAAUAGAGAACGUAUAUAUACGUUCUCUGCAACUAAUUUAAAAAAUCUCUUAUGGCAACAUUGUAAACAGCCACUAUUAUGUCAGAGAAUGUAGAUUAUAUUUUACAUCCUCUGCUAUUAUGUGUCAUUUUGACAAUUGGUUUUUUGACAUUUGUAUUUUGCGGUGAACGUGCUUUCAUUCGAGACACAUGCAAAAUGUCUGAGGUGUUUCAUCGGCCUGGGCCGUUAAAGCAAACCAAUAAAGCUCACAAAACUGGGCGACAUCGAUCGAAAGGAGCUAUAGAAAAUGCAUUGAAAGGUCGGGUUUCACUUAAAGUGGUGUCGCAUAAACACAAACAAGAACAACGAAGAGAGCAGCGUAGACACCAAAUGAAUCAAAUGCGUAAAAAGAAACGAGAGGAGGCGAGAUUAGAAAAAUUACAGUUAGGAACUCAACACAGUGCUCCAUUCAUGGUUUGCAUAUUGCCAAUGCAUCAACAAAUUGACGCGAGGUCAGCUUUAGCUAUAUUAGAGAGUUGCGACCCUGAAUCUGUUGUGCAAAGGACAGACACUGGAGUUACCUAUAUAAAUCUACCACGUUUCAAGCAAAGAUUUUCUUUCAUUAUUCCACCAAUAGGCCGAGGAAGUGAGGUAGAAGUGUUGGAUUACUUAAAGACUUGUGAUACGACCUUACUGUUAACUUCUGCAGCUAUGGGAGAAGAUGAGGUAUUUGAUCGGUGGGGUCACCGUAUUUUCAAUAUGAUAUCUGCUCAAGGAAUACCCUCUCCAAUAGUAGCACUAAUGGAUUUAGAAUCAAUAAACCCUAAAAAGCGAGGUGAUGUUAAGUCGUCUGUUCAGAAAUUUAUUUCAAAGGUGUUGCCGAAAGAAAAAAUUAUGCAACUGGAUACCAAUGCCGAAGGUCUCAACGUUAUGCGCCGUAUUGGUGGACAAAAAAAGAAUAUACUUCCAAAUAAAACAAAUAGGCCUCACUUAUUCAGUGAUAAAAUUGAAAUUGCAGCUCAGUCAAAUCAAUUAGAUAAUAAUAAUACUUUGAAAGUAACUGGAUUUUUGCGUGGAGCACCACUUAAUGAAAAUUCACUUGUACACAUUCCUGGAUUGGGAGAUUUUCAAAUGCAACAGAUAGUUUCAGCACAUGAUUCUUUUAAAUUAGAUAAACGAACUGAACAAUUACAAGUACAAGUUCGAGUAGCAGACCAACAGAAGCAAACUACAUUGCAAAAAGAAAAUAUACCAGAUGCUAUGGAUGCAGAACAGACAUGGCCAACUGAAGAAGAAAUCAAAGCAGCACAAGAAGAAACAAAGAAAACUAAGUUAGUCAAACGUGUACCUAAAGGAUGGAGUACAUAUCAGGCUGCUUGGAUCCCAGAUGCUGAAGCGGUUGAAGCAAAAGAUGAUGCUAGUAACGAUGGAAGUGACAUGAGUGGUAGUGAUGAGGAAAAUGAAGAUGAUGAAGAUGAAUUCAUGUCUUGCGAAAAUCAAUCUUUCGACGGAGAAGUGCAAAAGCCCGAUUCAGAUACAGAAGAGUUUGUGGAAACAGCUUCGGUAUCAGACGCUGCAAUAAAUGAAGAAAAAUAUGAUCUCCAAAUGGACUUUCAUGAAGAACGCGAAACGAUGAAAAAACUAAAGGAAGCUCGUGUCGAUGAAUUGUGGCCGGAUGAAAUUGAUACACCGCUAGAUGUAGAAGCGCGAGACCGCUUCCAAAAAUAUCGUGGUCUAGAAUCGUUUAGAACCUCUCCAUGGGAUGUGAAGGAGAAUUUACCUUAUGAUUAUGCGCGCAUUUACCAAUUUCAAAAUUUUGAUCGGACAAAACGUCGAAUUAUUUCCGAGGCUAAGGAAGUUGAUGGAUUUCAGCAUGGCGCCUAUGUAACCAUAUACAUCAUAAAUGUGCCGCAAACUAAAUGGUUGGCCUAUAUAUCAGCGCGUCAAACCAAAGGUCUUGUCAUAUAUGGUUUACUACCACAUGAGCACCAGAUGUCAGUGAUGAAUGUUGUGCUUAAGCGACUGCCCGAUUCUGAGGCACCAAUAAAGUCAAAAGAGACUUUAAUUAUACAAUGUGGAUAUCGCCGCUUUGUUGUAAAUCCAAUUUUCAGUCAGCAUACAAAUGGAGACAAACACAAAUAUGAACGUUACUUCCGACCACACACAACCGUCUGUGCUACUUUCUUUGCACCAAUUCAGUUUCCCCCUGCUCCUGUACUAGCUUUCAAAUUAAAUCCCGAUUCAACUUUAGCGCUAGUCGCACGCGGUUGUGUGCUUUCCUGUAAUCCAGAUAGAAUAGUAUUGAAACGAAUUGUCUUAAGUGGACAUCCAAUGCGAAUCAAUCGCAAAUCAGCGACAGUGCGUUAUAUGUUUUUCAAUAAAGAGGAUGUCGAUUAUUUCAAGCCAGUUAAACUACGCACAAAAUGUGGGCGCUUGGGUCACAUAAAAGAAUCUUUGGGAACUCACGGUCACAUGAAAUGUAUGUUCGAUGGACAGCUACGUUCUUAUGAUACAGUUUUUAUGUAUCUAUAUAAGCGGGUAUACCCGAAAUGGACCUACGAGGAGUGUCUGAUAUGUAGCGAUAAAGAUGAACACCAGCUUGAGGACGAAAAAAUGGAAUAACUCGAUUAACAUAUAUAUUAUAGUAAAUGUACUUUUAAUAUUUAUUACGAAAAGUGCAAACCCUAUAAAGUUUUCAAUACAUGAACAUUGUUGUUUGUUAUUAUACAAUACACUUUAUGGUGUUUCUAAAAAAUACCCUGUGAGGAAUGUAAGUAAUUAGGUUUGGAACAAAACCAAGUGACUUCAGGAAAUGAUCUGGACUGGUUUGUUGUAAAUAAAUAAUUGCUAUCUGAGAAAGUA